AUGUUCUCCAAGACAUUCAAUCGAUCGUAGUCGAGCCACCGGCACAAGUUCUCACCAACAUCCUCAACAUUACGCAUCGCCAAGAUAGGUCUGAAUAACCGCAGAGCCUACAUGGACUGAUCUGUCAAAUCUGAGAACUUUCCUCGACCUUGGAACGAUUGCUCGUCAUAUUCCGACCACGUCUUGACCAGGUUACUUGCGACUUCAGAAUCCACAGCGGACGACGAGUAGCUCCUCCCCGACACCUUUGCGAUUUCCAGUGCCUAGAUUCUAGGCUCACGCUUCCAAUCAACCUUCUGACCCCCCUUGUUUCCUCGAAAAGAUGGUCGCCCUCUUCGUUUAUGAAAAAGACAUGCGUGAUCCGACUCCGGACAUCCCUUCCCUCGAAGGAAAGGUCAUCUUCGUCACCGGUGGAACAGCAGGCCUAGGCAAAUCCACAAUCCUCACCUUGCUAGCCCACAACCCAUCACACAUCUACUUCUCGGGCCGUUCCCACGCUUCCGCCAAAGCUCUCAUCGAGGCCGCUGCCGCCAUCUCCCCUUCCGCAUCUUCACCCGCAGUCUCCUCCUCGCUGACAACUGCCACCACGGCCUCCUCCCCACCUCCUUUGACCUUUGUCCCCCUGGACCAAACCUCCCUCCCCUCAAUCCGCGCCGCCAUCAAAAAACACUUCACCCACACUCGCCUCGACAUCCUAAUCAACAACGCAGGCAUCAUGGCCGGCGCCCCAGGCCUCUCAGCGGACGGCUAUGAAAUCCAGUUCGCUACGAAUCAUCUCGGUCACGCCAUGAUUGUGCGCGAGCUACUUCCCGUCUUACUACGCACCGCCGAGGGAUCCGGGUCUGGAUCUUCGUCUAGCGGUGGCGGCGGUGGUGAUGCCUCGGCAGACGUACGCAUCAUCAACCUCACGUCCGUCGGGUAUCGAGCCCACCCAAGCGAUGGCAUCUCCUUUGACACGCUGGGUACGCCGCAAGCUGGACCACCGGUGCUGGGACAGUGGAUUCGAUACGGCCAAAGCAAACUCGCAAACAUCCUCUACACCCGCUCCCUCGCCCGCCGCCACCCCACAAUCACAACCCUCGCAAUCCACCCAGGCGUCGUCAACACGGGCCUAGUAACGAACCAAAGCCGCCUCAACCGCCUCCUCGUCUACCUCCCCCAAAAGAUCAUGGGAUCUACGGUCCUGACGCCGGAGCAAGGUUGCUGGAACCAGGUCUGGGCCGCUGCCGCCGCCAAGAAGGCGGAUCUCGUGAAUGGUGGGUUUUAUAUGCCUGUCGGACACCUAGCGGAUGAUAUGCUUGAUGGGAUGGCGACGGACGAUGAGUUGGCUGGGAGGCUUUGGCGGUGGACGGAGGAUGUUCUGAAGAGGGUUGAGUGAGAAAGUUGUAGGAUUGUAUGAGAGUGUUUACAACCUCAUCUUGUAUUGGAUAGUAUCAAUUUCAUUUCCUCAUCUUUCGAUGUAGUCAAAUCUAUGCGGCGAUCAACAUGGCGAAAGAGGCUAAUACAGUCAUUUAAUGCCCAGACAUGUAGUUGGACAGUCUCUUACCCUGCCAGAUGGUCCAAAUCGGUUCCCAGAGAUCGGAA